AUGCCACGCUCAACAUCGACCUCUGGUUCUUCCAUAUGCUCUUACUAUACGGCUCCGAGCGACUAUGACACUACGGAUGACUAUUAUUCCAACCUCCCGGUUACUUCAACUGACCUUCGAGCCCGGACUGAUAAUCCUGGGACAUGGCCGCUUAGGAGUAGACGCACUGAUCCUAGACUCUCGGAGCGCACAACUAGAAUUUUCGUACCAGCCGAUUCCAUAUCUGGGGAAGUGCAUAUUGACUCCGAAAUACUCGCCAGGGGUUACAAUCCGUCCUACUACGGUGACAUAGCGCCGAUAGCUGGGAGCUCACCUGCCUUAACAGACGUUGGAUAUCGAAUUGAAAGCCCCGAUACUCCACCAGUUGGCACACCAAUGGGAGAUCGCUACCGUCAAUACAAGUCAUACGAUGUAGACGCUUAUGAGGCCGAGCAAGAAUACAACGAUAGAUUCAAAGAAGUUCCGAAGGCUCCGAGAAAGAAGCACAAGACCGAGGAUUACAAGGGAGACCCCCCGAUGACUUUGAACCACCACCGACGGCUAGCGCCAAGAUUCGUACACGGUGAAGACGAAGCCUACCAAGAAGAGGCGAAGGAGGAGAGAAUUCGCGCGAAGAAAGAGAAGCAUAGAAGAAUGGGGUACGAGAGAUCUGCGGAAGACGAUUAG